UACCAUCACUGAAGAAGGAGAGUUUAAACAUAUCCAAGAGUGGAUUCUUGAAACUGAUGGUGUCUCACUCAUGAGGGUAAGUAGAGACGACAUUUAUUUUUCCGACCAGAUCACCAUUUGAGUGAAACAGACCAGAAAAGUUCUUUGCAAAUCUUAAACUUUGAAAUGAUAGCCCACUCGAAUCUCCAUGUGCUCUCACAUUAUGGGUAGUCACUUACAUGUAUGAGCGCUUUGAUUGUAUUUGGUAUUUGAUCUGAGAUGCCAUUAACCCUUUAAUUCCUAAGAGUGAUCAGCAUCAAAUUUCUCCUUGUAUGCUUUGUAAAACAUAGUGGCCUUGAGAAUUACAGACAUGAUCACACAAGAUGAAUUUUCUUGAUAUUUUAUCAACUUCUCCUCACUACUUCAUUUGGAAAUGAAUAGGAGCAACAAAUGAGAAUUCAAAUUUUGAUGUAAGGGUUUAAAGAGUAAACUCCAACUGUUGGUUGAAGUUUUUUGGAAGCUGGGCAAAUUUUCGUUGGACAUUGUCAAAUACGCAGCUCUGCUAAAAUGUUUGUUUAAAAACAUUUUGUUUUUCUGGCAAGAAACUAUGUCAAACUUGGUAUUAGAGGAGCAUGAUUGACUGAACUCAUUCUUACAUCAUGUGAUUCAUUCUGAUCUUUCUUUUUGUUUGUUGUUAGGUCCUGAGUGAAAGAGACAUCGAUCCCAUACGUACAACUUCCAAUGACAUCUGUGAAAUAUUUUCUGUAAGUAGAUUUUUUAUUUACAUGUUACUUAAAGGUUUCAAGGUCUGCUUUGAAGGUCGAAUCCUAGAGGGGAUGCCAUACACGAAUUAAAGUUGUUGUUGGUUCUCUUCCUUGUUCUGAGAAGUUUUUCUUUGAGUUCUUUGUUUUCCCCUCUUUUCAGAAACCAACAUUUCCAAGUUCCAAUUCAAUCUAAAACGUACUGACACGUUGAAAUGGGUUCCCAAGAGUUCCCGGGUUGUUCAUGUAUUAUAAAUGUCAACUCGCCAUAAAUAUUAUUGCAGUAGAACGUGAGUAAACCAAGAGAACUGACAGAAACUGAGAUGACGCUGGUGGUCUUGAGGCGGUCCUGAUGGGACAAAAUUCAAUUUUGAUUUGUAAGCGUGCUCGGCUUUUGUACAUUAUGUGUUGGUUUCCCCUAAAUGCUCCGUUUUUUCCACUAAAAUACUUGUUGCCCCCCCCCCACCCCCAACAAUUCCCUAAAAUACAAUUUACCUAAUAAUGCUCUUCAUUGUAGAGAGGUUUUUUCAUUGAUUUUAACGCUAACAAAAACGUAUAUACAAUAAAUAAUUUUUUUUUUUUCCUUCGUCAUUUUCAAUUUUUUUUCUGAAAGAGUAAUAAUUUUCUGGGAAAAUUCCUCUAAAAUGCACAGUAAUGCUGAAAAAGUGCUUGAAAGAAUGCAGGCAUAAUGCGCAAAAGGCGUGAAGCGUGCCUGCUUUCUCACAGGAUGUGUUUCAGUACUGAUUCAACACUGUGUUGUUGCAGGUUCUUGGGGUGGAGGCAGUGCGAAAGGCAGUGGAGCGUGAGAUGAACCAUGUCAUCUCAUUUGAUGGCUCUUAUGUCAAUUACCGUCACUUGGCUCUGCUUUGUGACAUUAUGACGUGUCGAGGUCAUUUGAUGGCCAUCACAAGGCACGGUAUCAAUCGUCAAGAGGUUGGCGCCCUCAUGAGGUGCUCUUUUGAGGAAACGGUAAGUCAUGUGCAUUAAAAUGGUUGAAACAUGAGCAUUUUCAACUUGGUACACAGUUACCUGUACUUUAAAGUACUUGAAGUGCCUCCGUCUCAUUUUUUAUUCACUAUGAAAUGUAAACACUCCCCAGCCCCCCCUUCCCCCCCAAAAAAGAAACAAACAAACAAACAAAAAAAUGUUACAAGACAAUUCAUCUUUAUAUGAAAUACAUUUUUCUUGAAAAAAAAAAAAGGCCACGGAACCUAUCCCGCAGGUGCGUUGAUCUAUUACAGUUGUGGAACAUGUUUGUUUGUGCCCAGAGAAGUGAAAAACAUCCUUCAUGGUUUUCCGUUUAGCUUUUGGCGCCGACGCGUCUGUUAAUUCUGUGUGACCUAACUCCGGUUUGGGGUGACUUGUCGUCGGGUGAAAUGACCUAUAUUCAUUUUUUUUUCUAAUCUAAGGUUGACGUUCUGAUGGAAGCUGCGUCGCACGCAGAGACAGAUUACCUGCGGGGUGUGAGCGAGUGCUUGAUUUUAGGCAAACUGCCGCGGCUUGGAACAGGCAGCUUUGAUCUGAUGUUGGAUGCAGAAAAGUGUAAAUUUGGAAUGGAGAUUCCUACCAACAUCAUGGGGCCAGGCAUGAUGGGCGGGCCUAUUGCAGGUGAGAGUCCAGUUGAUCAAGAUAUAAAUUGUCUUUAUUUUUUUAGUGAGCUUUAAGGGAUUUUAUGUGUCAAAUUUCACCUCAUGUCUGCACUCUUGUUACUUUCGUAACACACCCUCUUGACUUGUGUCGACUGAGAUACGACCACUCAGAAUGCCUGGAAAUGUGCUCACCUAAGGAAAAGAGCUUACCUAUAAGGUCUCUCUGACGAAGCUUUUUGCUGUUGAAAAGGAGAAAGAAGAAAGAUAAAUGUAGUGAAAUAGAUGUAUAUUAUUUUGUUCAUGCUGGAAAGACCAUGUCGCUGUCAUGUUCCGGAUGUUAACUGUCGUACUGAAUGUUUUUUUUCAGGCACCGGAAUGUUCUUUGGUGCUGCAGGGUCGCCGACAGCAAAGUCACCGCAAAUGACGCCAUGGAACAACGGAGCCACACCUGCCUACAUUGACGCGUGGAGUCCUGGAAUGGGCAGUGGCAUGACUCCAGGGGCUGCUGGUUUUUCGCCCGCAGCUUCCGAAGCCAGCGGUUUUAGCCCUGGAGGCUACAGCCCUGCCUGGAGCCCACAGCCACACUCGCCAGCUUCUCCAGGCUUGCCUAGUAGCCCUUAUAUUCCCAGCCCAGUGGCAGCGAGUCCAAGCUAUUCGCCAUCAAGUCCUGCGUUUAUGCCAAGCUCGCCUUCCCUGUCGCCGGCGAGCCCGUCCUACUCGCCGACCUCUCCUGGAUACUCUCCAAGUUCACCAUCAACUGGAUACUCGCCAGCAAGUCCAAGUUAUUCGCCAACAUCUCCAUCGUAUUCCCCGACUUCGCCUUCCUACUCUCCCACAUCCCCUUCCUACAGUCCCACGUCUCCUUCCUAUUCUCCAACAUCACCGUCGUAUUCUCCGACAUCUCCGUCUUAUUCUCCAACUUCACCAUCUUAUUCUCCAACUUCUCCUUCUUACAGUCCCUCCUCGCCGUCUUACUCGCCCAGCUCUCCUUCGUAUUCUCCAACAUCGCCCUCGUAUUCCCCCACAUCGCCUUCAUAUUCGCCCACUUCCCCGUCAUAUUCGCCAACAUCACCUUCGUAUUCUCCAACGUCUCCAAGUUACAGUCCGACAUCUCCAUCUUAUUCGCCCUCUUCUCCCUCGUACUCGCCCACCUCUCCUUCAUAUUCCCCGUCAUCGCCAUCUUAUUCUCCCACAUCUCCCAGCUACUCUCCGCAGUCCCCGUCGUAUUCUCCAACUUCGCCUUCAUACUCACCAUCCUCCCCCAAGUACUCUCCAACCUCACCAAGCUACUCUCCUACCUCACCAAAGUACAGCCCCACUUCACCAACCUACUCUCCAACGUCGCCCUCCUACUCUCCUUCCUCUCCAAAGUAUUCUCCUUCCUCGCCUUCUUACACCCCUACUUCUCCAACCUACUCUCCAACUUCCCCAACCUAUUCACCAUCAUCUCCGCGCUAUUCUCCAACCUCACCUCAGUACACGCCUUCCUCGCCCAAGUACAGUCCUAGCUCGCCCCAUUACUCGCCAACAUCUCCCACGUUUACUCCAGCAUCAGCUCAGUACAGUCCAAGUUCGCCUAAUUACAGUCCGGCGGGAAGUGGGCCGUCGCCUUCUCCACAGUAUUCACCAUCUUCACCUCGUUACUCCCCGCCUUGAGACUACUUUUGAGUCACUGAAAUGCAGUCAAACUGCUAUCGCAAGAAAGGACUGAAAUAACACGCGGAGAGCCAAUGUAUGAAAAAUGCAAACUGCAACUUUCGAUGUGCGUGCACGAAAUCAAGUACUGUUAACAAAAAAAAUAAAUAACAAAAAAAAGGUGCUUUACGUUCAAUGCAUGGAUAUUGCCUGUUACGUGAUUAGCAUAGUUAGUAAUUUAAGACGAUUUAGCGAGAGGUUGUUUCUACGGUGAAACGACAUCUCGAAGUAUUUUCAACGGUUUUUGGUGUACUGUAACGUUAUAAUUUGAGUACUCAUCUUGCAUGUUUGAAAAACAACAACGACAAAAAAUUAGUUAACAUUCAAUACUUUUUUCAUCUCAAACUAAAGGAGUAAAUGACGUUUUCAUUAGUAAAUUAUAUUUAUGCCAAUCGUUUGUCAAGUAUUUGACCGUAAAGAGCUCGUUGAUAUUGAGAAAAUUUUGGUGAUAUUAGAAUACGCAGAUUUGAAUCGUGAAUUUUUUUGUCUUUAAUACUCUCUUUUUAUGUCUUAGUAGGAGAGAAUAAAAAUUCCUUUAAAUUUAAGUGUAAAAACCAAAAAAAAGUUUAAAAUGUGAAGGAAAGAACAACAACAUAUUUUGUGGAUAAAUGUCCCUUGUUCUAUGUGGACGCGAUAUUGACUCAAUAUUUCAAUAGAAUAGGUUUGUAGCUGUUCAGUAAUAGAUACUCGCAUUAUCUAUUCUGUUCUUACUCACUAGAGUAAGUAACAAUUAGGGUACACUGUUUCAUCAGUUAUGACUGCACUUAUGCAUUAGAAUUUUUUCGCUACCUAAGUUUUAAAUAAGGAAGUUACUUAUUAAUCCCUUUGCGUGGUAUCGCCCGUUAGAACCCUAAAAUAAUAAUAGCAAUAUUGGUAUCUUAAAGCAGUUGUUGUAUAGUUUUCUUUGAAAACAAAACAUGAAAUAGUUGUUUUUGGUAUAUCCCAGCACUAACUUGUGGUGGCGUUUAGACUCUGCCGGUAGUUUUUUUCUCUCUUUUCCUUUUAUUCGAGAAUGGUGGCUUUUGUCGCUUACGUCACUGAAUUGUAGUAUUUCGAAAUUCUGUGAUAGUUGCGUAAAAUGACACGAUCAAAAAAUAAGAAUUUUUUCCUGGUUAUGUUAGCUUUGUCAUGUAUCCAGUAUUGUAAUGCAUGUCAUGCAAUGAAAAAUGUAGUUACGUCCCUUGUUUAGCGUUAAAAUGUGAUUAUCGUUGUUUCAAAGUAGACAGACUGCAAAUUAUAGUAGUUGCUAAAAAAUAUACCUACGUGUCCUAGCCUGCGGAUACAGUUCCCUUAAUCAUUAUAAUCCGUUGUGGACGCUCGACUGAGAGAGACAGCAGUUGCUCGCUGUCACGAACGCAUGACCGUGCUUAGGUUGGCGUCCAGUAGAAGCGAGACAACGCUGUAUGCAGGCAUGGGUGCAUACCCGAAUUUCUAGCUUAAGAGUUUUUUUUUGAAAAGUCUUCAUUGAGGCCGGGUAGCUGUAUUUCUUGGUUGAGCAGGGGUACCUUACGCUUCCUUUAUAAUAAGACUAUCGCCAUUCAAAUACCAGCUGAUACUUUAUUGCUAGUUCUAUGUAAGAUCGACUUUUUUUGUCGAGGGAGCAGACUAUAGGGAAUCCCUGCAAGAUACCAGGAAUACUCAGCGUUAAAAUUGGCUUUAGCCUGUUCGACUGGGCGAUCAGGUGGUCGUACGUGGCAAGCCCAUAAGGAAAAUGACUGACUUUUUUUUUCUCCAGCGUUCUACUAUCUGAGUGCCUGGAACAGGCUAAAGUGGCUUAUGAGCUGUAAGAAAUAGCUUAUUGAAAUAUUGUCAUUUCCUGUUGUAGAGUUAAAUAAAUAUUUUAAUUAAAGAACUUGUUUAUUUUAGUUUUGUUUGAUUUAUCGUGUUUCCUGGAGGAAAUAUUCAGAUGUGGUCGGUCAUAUAAAAUGGAGAAAAAGUCCCCAGCCUUUAUAUCCAUUUUCAUGAUUUUCAGCGCGUUCCUCGUCCAUAGAUGGCGUCCUGCCAUCGAGCGCUAAAGACAAGCCUGUUUCUUAGAGUAACAAACAAACCAACCCUACCUGGCGCUAUCUCGAGAGACACUAGAGUCUCUCUUAUAACAAUCUGAGAACGGAAAUGAAUUAUCAGGAAUAUUGGCGCGUAUGACUAGAAAAGCCAAGCGUCAGUUGAGGCUUUCGUAGUUGUAAUACCUUUUUCCAAAUGGGUUGGCUUGAAGGUUAUUUUCGUAUAAAAACAUUCGCCAUAUUGUGAAAAACUUUAAAGGCUUAAGAGGGAAAUGGAAACAGUGUUUUUGCACAUUUGAGAUGCAGCAAGUUUAGUUUCAAUAAAAGUUUUUACCUCGAAAGAGGAUCUUGAUUUCUAGUGCAUAUGACAGCCAUGUGAUGACACUCAAUUCUUCGUUCUGGGUAGUCAACCUUAUUUUCUCUUCCUAACGUUAAAAAAAGGAAUAACUUUAAUCAGAUUAGAACCCAUACAAGGCAAGAUUAUGGGCUACUGUUUUGGGUUGAUCCGGGCGAGACAUACAUCAUCGGAAGUAUUGCUUCGCCUUAUUCCGAGAGAUCCUAUAUUUUUAUUAACACCCCAAUAUAACAAGGCCUUUUUGUCAUUGUAUUUACGUCACAAAUGCGACUGUAAUUUUUCUUUUUUUAUUUCUUCCUUGUUAAAAUGGAUGUAUCUCCCCCCACCCCCCGCCUCCGCAAUGGCUUUUCUCUCCCCAGGCCCGUGGCGCGCGCGCGCCACAUACAAAGUAUCUUAUUUGCUUUUGCGGGUUCUUGACUGAAUGGGGUGAAAUAACUAUUCUCAAAAACUAAAAAUCUACCCGGUUGAAGAACUGAUGCUAAUGCAUUGUAUGGGAAUAUUUAUUCUGAUCUAUCCAUUGCUAAGGCAAAUCUGAAAAAUUCCCAUCGAGAUAGCGUCAAAAAUUAUACGGACAUCGGCGCCGAGUGGAACUGUACGAUGAUAUCAUGUAACGUUUAUCAACACAUCUUCGGCUCGUAAAUAUCACAAGUUUUUUCCGUUAGUUCACCAUGGCUCAGGAGGAACAAGAAUCGUCUAGCACAACCUCAGAUACUGGUAAGAAUAUAUAUUUUAUGUAGACUCCUGUUGAAAGGGUAAUGUGAGAAAAUGAGAAAUGUUCCGCUUAGAUCAUUUUAUGUAUGUUGGUGACGUUGUCCCAACACGCUAUUAGUGAUUAAAAACGAGGACUUAUAAAGAUUGAAUGAAGUCACUGCUAAAAUCAUAUCGCUAUACGACAGUCUGUUUUUCUUGGACAAUAACCGUUUUCAGUUUACAACUUCUUUAUAUAAUAAACAUUUGCGUAGUGCCUUAAAUAAAGUUCAUUUCAUGGAGAAAGUGCCUAAAUGUUUAUUUUAUUCUUCAUCGAUCGAUCCCGUUCGAACACGCAAAGAAAAUAAUUAUCAGGAAUAUAUUUAUGUGGUCAAACGUGAAUUAAAGAACUGUAUAAUUGUUGUGCUUUUGUCUCCUUGAAGAAGUGUCAAGAAUCUCAAAUAGAAUCACUAAGAAAUCUUUGGGGUUUCAUCUCAACCUCUAAAAAUCAGGGAAAAAUUGGAUAAAGACUUUGUUGUCAUGCUGUAAGUUACAUGUCGUGAAGCAGUGAAGCAUGAAAAAGUAAUUUAUUCAUUUGAUUCGUCCGCUGUGUUUUUAUGUUCAUGUGCUUGUACAGUUUUACAUGCAGGUAUUGUUACUACAUGUACAUCUUUUCCCUAUCGGUGAUCUUCUCUGAUUGAACAGCUUCUAGUAAAUCUUCAUUGAACCAAAAUGACAGCGUACCAAAAACACUAACAAAAAAAAUUGACGUUCUUGUAAAUAUCGCCAAGACAUUUUUAUCCAUAAAAAUCCAUCUCCAAACAGUCACUAAUCCAUCGUUAAUUUCGUUCAAAACAACCAUCAUACACCGCUCCAAAAUAGUGUAUACAUAUUUUCAUUGAUUUAGGGCUGUGCAUUUUGACUCUAUCAUUAUAGCACUGCGAGAGACUGAGUCAUCGGGAUAGCUUUCUUGCUCGAGUCGUAGUUCCAUGAGGUAAUUUAAAAAUUAAUGUCCACUUCAGUUUUUGGUUGCGAUUUUUAACAUGUUUUGAUAAAAGCAAAACGUGAGGGGACAAAUAAUGUUGGUUCUGAGAAAAAAGAUUUAAAAUGUGAUAUCGCAUGAAAAUAAAUAAAUGAAAAUAUGCUACCUAAUAUUGCUUUUUCUUUUCUUCUUCUUACAACAACAACAAAAAUACGUAAAUGGAUAAAAGAAAGAAAACAGAAAUUUCAUUAUUUUCUUGGGAGGAAGGAAAGCUAUAUAAAACUCAAGACAGAAAAUAUAUAUAAAAAAUUAAGAAAUGAUGGGGGUUUAAUAUUCAAAUUAUGAUUAAAUUUUGAGCUGGUAAAUACAAAGAAAAAUAAUAUUCUCCUUGCUUUUAAGGCUUAUAUAUUGUGAGUACCAAAGUAUGGUAAAUAAAUUUUAGGUUAAAACUACCUUUUGAUGAUAGUAUUUAGUUCUAUGUAAAUAAGAUUUUAAAUGUCAAGCUCAUUGAUCAUCGUUGCAUAUUUAACAUGAAUUUAUUCAUGAUUGUCUGAAAUAUAUACAAAGAGUUAGGAACGAUGAUAACUUUAAUAAAAUUCAGUAGAAGUAACAUUUCUUUUUAAUAAUAUACAAACACAGAUGGAUGGCAUUACCUGCAACUUUGGAAAGUUUGAAUCUUAUCUUUCAAUGAAAUUUUGUCUUAACAUGUCCUCAGCCUUUUAUAAGAAGCCAGCUUUUAUUUAGUCCAAAGAAUUGCUUAGACACCAUGACCUUGUGCGAAUCAUGAGUUUGACCGCUAUGAUCUUAAAUGCUUUUAUUUCCAAAAAUGAAUGAAAAUUUUCACCCCAAGAGAAAAUUAUUAUAUUUAAAUGUUAAAGUUAAUUAGACUGGCCACUGUUUUGACGUGUCAUCUGUAUGAACUUUGAAAUUUCUUAUGCAAGUUACUUUGCAUAAGUCGGAAAAAUAAUUUCAUUACUAACACCCCCUCACCAAAAAGGAUGUGACGCUCCCAUUUUGAUCCCUGAAGUAACCAAAAUGAUUCUUUUUUAUGAAUUUGGAGGGGGAAAGCUGCUGUUUCACCCUGGUCUGAGUCACUCCUUGACUGGCUUUUGUAUAUCAACCUGCAAAGUACAGACUCAAAACAUGAGCACAAUGAUAAAUUUAUUAUUCACUAAACUAGGAUGUGUGUGUUUACUGCAUACCUAUAUUCUUGCAGGAAGUAAAAGCAAGCUUGUAUUUGAAUCACACGAUGUUGGCUUGUAUUUUUUUUAUUUUCUUGCUUACCUUCAGUAUAAUUGUGUAGUAGGCACUGGAUAGUAUGUUUGAAUCUAGUGGCGACAAAACCCUCACUUCCCAUGAAGGGUAGUACAUUUGAGGGGUACAUUAGUUGCCUCAGUGAGGAGCUAUGCUUAAAAUCUUAAAUCUUUCUGUUCUUUUUCUUAUUCAGCUUUAUUUAAAAAAGUCAUGGGCUUCUACAUUUAUAGUCAGAUAAAAAUAAUUUGUUUAUUGGUUUUGGGGAUCCUUCUAUAUAAAAUGACAGGUAUGCUCUUUGGAAACAAUCUGGGCAAGGUUCAGGCUUUUGUGUCGUAGGGGUGCUGGAGAGAGCGAAAAGUUGAAGAUUCGUUGUGGACGCGCCUAAAAUUAAAAUUACUUGCUAUUUUUAAGUCUAUUUUUAUUGGAAUACCCAGCGGAAGCUAGCUUCUUCUGCUGGGGGAGAGCUCCAGCACAGUACGAGUAUGAUGACAUUUGUUAUUUUUAUUAGGUUGUUCUUUUCGUGCAACCCCAAGCUAUAUCCUUCAUCGGUAAAAUAUUGGCUUUCCGUCCAAGACACCCUAAAUUAGACUGAAACCAGGAAUUUCUACCCCAAAGCGUGACGACGAGCAUCCCCGUCGUUUUUUAUAUGGAUUCAUUUGGAGUCCCCCCCCCCACCAGCGCCCCCCUGCCUGCCCCCCCUGUGAGCGUUUUCUUGGUUGCCGACAAGCAAGAAGGUCAAAGCAAAGCAUUGUUGAAAGGUUCUAUUUUCUACCUAGAUUUCUUCACCGCGACCGCUUCAGCAAUGCAUGCAAGAAAAGGGAAGUCGCGUGUAAUUGGCAAGAUUUGUCGAGCAUGAAAUUUAACCGUGAUCCGGGAUUCGUGGUUAAUUUAUCCAAACAAACACAUACACAUCCCUUACUGAAAGUAUAUUGUUACAUGAUCUGUUUGGGAGAUUACAUGUGAGGAGAGUUUUGGUGUGAUUUUUACCGAGUAUAAAGGUGCGUUUUAUAGCUCUGAAGCACAAUUUGCGGAAACGGGAAGCAACGUCAAAGUUCAAGAAUCCAUUGGUGUUAAAGUACAGUUCGAGACUGGAAGGCCGCCAUGUUGUUCCUACCAAAUUUGUGUUGAGGUUGAAGCAAGUUGAAGAGGAAGUUAGGAGUCAUCGACGGUAUAAAUAAGUAAUGAGCUAAGUUAUGCUGAAGAAGAAAACCAACCGGCUUUCUUUCUUUGGUAAGGAACUAUGUAUUUGUUUUUCAUUUUGCCAAUGAGGAUAAAAUUGUUUGCACAAUCACUGUUUCGCGGGUUUCACGGGUUUCUCGAAGCUGAUUCUUAGAUAUUUCCAGAGGUUUUCCUUACUUUUGAUGCUGUUCGCCGCCGUUCGUAUUCUGAGGUUUAGUCCGCCGUUCUGUUAGAUUUCUACUUUAGUUUAAAGUUAAAUGAUAAAUCGACUGGAGGAUACUUUAAGAUCUUUUAUUAAUUAAAUAAGCUUAAGUAGAUUUUUUUUCUGCCUUGGUGAAAUUAGAUUAUUCUAUGCUCAUACUUAGUCAUAGCGUAUAUUUAUUCUUUGACGUCAACAUUUUAACUUCUGACAAUUUUUUCUGUCAGACUAAUCAGCCGCGUGAACAAGGGAUUCGAACCCUAGAUAGAGGAAGAUAGAGGUCUUUGUUUUUUACACACAGGGAAAAUCCCAGACAGUGAGAAGAGAGGAUUUCUGGUUAGAUUAGACAGACGCUGUGCAGAUUAACUCAAAAGCUUUAUAAUAACAAUUCGUAGAUGGUUGCUGAGAACUUUUUAUCAUAAUAAGGAACCAUAUUUUUCUAAUUUUAACCCGAUUUCAGAGGGCUAGUGCUCAUUUGUCUGCCAGUGUGACGUUGGAAGCUUGUUGUGUGUCUUAGCUUGUCACUGAAGAAUGCCUCCUGGCCGUGUUUUCAUCACCUUAUUUACUCAAAUAAGUGCCCAGGUGCUUAAUGAAGGUGGCUCAACUGGGUUUUCCAGGGGCAAUACCUCCCAGGUUUUAAGUAUUGACAAAGAUUUGGAAAAGUGAUAAUCACAGUUGUAUUAGAAGGGAGUUUGUUGUUAUCAGUGCUGGGAGUGGGGUGGGUACUCCAUAUAUGGGCCAAAUAGUUAUGUGCCAGCCAUUAGGGUUUUGUUUUUGAGGGUUCGAACCUUAAAUAGGGUCUCAUUUUUACCCAUUUUGGCAUCAUUUUCUCCCUGUUUUCCUUAGAUAGGGUACCUAAAUAAUAUUGUUAAGCUAAAAUUCAAGUGCGUAAAUGCCCAGCUACAAAAGAAACAAAUUUGUUGUUAAUACUGAGCUAUCCUUUAGAGUACUAGGAAAGUGAUUUAAUGAAUUCUAUUUUUUCCCCCUUGAAUAGGGUGUCAUUUUUCAGGUCUGGGCAUUAAAUAGGGUUCAUUUGUCUCAUCUUUAAACAAGGUCAGGGUAAAUUAAGACCCUCUUUAGCACACUCCUAUCCAUAAUUUAUGGGGGUGCCCCUUAUUCCCCCUGUUGGGUAUAAGUGUUACGUUGACUUGGAAGUUGUUAUAGUAAUACAAUGAUGUCAUUAUCUAUUUUACUUGUAGCCAUAAUUAUUUCUCUCUUCUUGCAAAGUCUUGGAUUUACCUCUCUUUCAAUCUAUCCAGAUCCAAUGGUUAAAUAGUUACACAUCAAUAUUUCUGUCAUGAAAGAUAUUGUUCAUUUUGGAUAAUGUGUAUGAAGGGUUUCGUUAAUAGUUUGCCUAGCGACCGUCACUUAGAUAUUGAUCACCAUGUUUCAACGGCAUACUGCAGGUGUUCUUCAGGUGAUGGUGUCGAUUUACUGAGUAGGACUAUUUGUACUACCAUGGUUGUUAGUGAUCGGUGUAUCAUGAACCUCGCUUAUUAUUACGCAGUCAAAACGUUGCGAUGAAUAUCUAAGGCCUGUUUCAAACGUCGUGCUACUGCCGUGCUAAGCUGGCUCGGCUGUAGCUCAACUGAAGCAUGACACUAGCACGACUUGGUUUCAGACGUCGAAUUUAAUUCACACAAUGACAGUCGAAUGGAACGGCUGUUGCCAAAAACAAAACACAAAAAUAAAGGAAUGGUUUAGCAAACUUUUAAAUAUAUUGUAAUGUAUUUACAAUUUAUAAAGUGAGUUAGGCACAGCGGUAGCAUGACAUUUGAAACCAAGUCUUGGUUUCAAAGGGCGGGCUACUGCCGUGCUAAAGUCGAAUUUAAUUCGGUCAAUUGAGUUUGGCACGGCAGUAACACGACAUUUGAAACGGGCCUAAGUGACAAUCGUGCGACGAACAAUAAAUGAAAUCAUUUAUCGCUAACCCUUUAACCCUAUUUGUCAGUAGUUAGCCGUAUUUUAAUUUUGUUUUCUCUUUAAAAAUAAUGUCAGGACCUGGUGCUAGUUAUGAAGAACCCAAAAUUAAGGCCAUCGACAUAGCUGCUCUUCUACAAGAAAAAUAUGCUUUCUUGUCUGGUAAGUAAAGUGUUCAGCUUUAAGCAGUACAUGGGUUGAAAGAAUAUAUUUUAUUAAUUUAACUUGAAAAAGAAGCCGCUUUUUAUGAGUCAAGUAGCUGCCACUUUUAUGUUGACCAUUCCUCAGUGCUUAAUGAAAGCAUUGGGUCAUUGAUUUUAUGCCAAGAUAUCAUGGCACUCAUAAGUGACAAAUCUGUCAAACCCGUUUUAUAUUGUGUUUUAUAAUAAUUUUAUUGUAAGUGAAUAAUCUUGAUGUGAAGCUUUGACUUACUUGUUUACUUUAAGCACAUUAUAUAUUAACAUUAUUGUAACAUACAAUAGAACCCUCCAUCAUGGUUUUUUCAACUUUUGACUGGGACCAAAAUACCAAGAAUCUAGCUGCACUGUAUAAAGGAAUGCCUUUAAAUUUUUUUUAGUGAAAAUGCCAAGGUUGAAUGUGAUUAUUUUGCUGUGAAAACUGAUAAAGAUAAAGUUCCGCAAAGUCACCAAUUUUACAGAUGUUCGUAUGGUGGGGGAAAAGUUUGUGUCCCCCACCUAAUGUCUGUAAAAUACUGGUUAAACUUAAUUUAGUUACUUGAUACUAUUGUGAAAUCCUUUAUUUUGAAAUUUUUAGGGGCGCAAGCUAAGAAUGGAUGUCUUUUUAUCACAAUGCCUGAACACCCCAAGUUUGGAAGCCUUAGUGAUAGAGAUGCUGAAAAAAUUUUCAAAUAUCUUGUUGGAUUGGCCAGGUACUUGGGCUAUUGUUUUUAAUUUUUUCAGGAAAGAAGUCACUGUUGAUAGUGUUUCACGAGUAUGCUAUUCCAUACCUUCCAGUUAAGUUGAAUGCUUUCUUUUUUAAAAGGAAGGCUUGCUGUGGGUCUAACCAAAAAUGUUUAAUGUGGGAGUUAAGAGUAUUUUUACCCAUGUGGACAACACAACAUUGUUAAGGACACAUCAAAACUGAAAAAUGUUCCCGGUUCCCACCCGUUUUUUUUUUUCAUGGUCACCUCUCUUUAUUUAAUAUUUUUUAUUGGAAAAGUUCAUGGAACAAACGAAGACAAACAUGGAUUACUUUCAAAACCAAUAUUCCAUAAUCCUGUGUAAGUGCAGGUGUUACUAUUCAUUAGUGAAGCAUCAAUGUUAAAUACUAAUCCUAUAUUGAUUGCACCCUUCCUAUUAAGAUAUAGCAUAAUGAGGCAUUAGGUUGUUUAAGACAUGCGUCAAAAUGAACCAAUUUUGUGUUUAAUCAACAUCUGGCCUUUUUUUUAUUAGUAUUUAAGAAGAACUCAGUAUCCAUCAUAUAUCCCUGGGAGAAGAUAAUAAUUUGUAAGGAAAGCAUUAAUUUUAAUUGGCAACAACAAAAAAGUCAGAAAUAUAUAAAAAAGUUCUUGCCCGCUCUCUUUCUAUUAGAAAUCCAGAGAAGAAAUGUUUUUUUAACUCGGCUCAAUGUUUAAGUUGGUGGUCGACGUUUUUUUUUAAUAUAUCACUGCCUUGAGGUUUAGUUAAAACUGUAUUUUUUUCCUGACAUUGUAGCAGAGAAAUGCUCCAGAAAGGUUUUAUGUUGGUGCUUGACAGAAGAAAAGAGAAGUGGGGUGCAGUAAAAUCCUGUCUUCAGAAAGUACAGGUAUUGCUGAAAUAAAUAAUGAAAUAAAAUAUAAUUCAUGGUACAGUUCAAUCAACCUUGAUUGUUUGGGCUAGGACUUGCCAGACCUCUCUCAUUAUCUGGACUUUUUCUUCUGUUUCCUUCGUGAAGAUCAGAAGUUACAAGCCAACAACAACGGCAGUUAAUUCAGUUUGAAAUAGUUUACAAUAAUGAUGUUACCCACAAGAAGCAGAGCUAUUCUCUGUGGCUAACAAUGUAAUGUUAUGGUAGUCUCCUAGUAAUAAUAACAAAGUUCAGAAGUUGGAAAGAAAGAAAGCAAAUGAAGAGAAAGCAAAAUGAGGUAGCGCAAGUAGCACAAGCUUUGAAAAAUGUCUUUGAAGCAGUUUCUUUUUUUUCGUUUUUGAGACUAAAGAGUUGGACUCACAUUUAAUGAUGAAAUACAUCCAACUGAAUGCUGAAACUGAGCUAUCAUUAAGCUCUGCUACAGAUGACAUUUUAUCCAGUGUACUGAUAAUCUUUUUUUGAAAUGAUAAAAGUAGUGACAGCAUAAUAUUAUGUUAUUUUAGUAGUAUCACUAGUAGUUAUGUCUUAAAGGUUUCCUUGAGAGCGCAAUUGUGUACAUUGACAGAAGUCAAGCUGGGGAUUGUGUUUAGAACAGGAAAUAGACAUGGUAAUCAGUAAUACCAAUGCCUGGUAAAUUCCAGCUUGUCCUUUGAGCAAGCAGCUAUAUAUAUUUAAAUAACAGUAUUCUUGGUUUUUUUUUGCUUUUUUCUUAGAAAUGCUUUCCAGCUAAAAUAAGCAUUGUUUGCCUGUUGAAGCCACAAGGGUUUUUUCAAAAGUAUUCCAAGCCAGGCUUUGUCACAGAUGGCAUAAUCGGAGAUGCCAAAAUUCAGGUGUGGUAAAUCCUUUGAAAGUGUAAUCUUACUCAAAAACAAGAAAUGUGGAAUGGUAAAUAAAUCUGUAGCUUGAGGUAUUGGUGAAAAAGAAGGGAGGGGGAAAGUUGGGAUAGUACUUAAGAAUAAAACAAAGAUUCAAUUCACCGGAAAGAAAACCUUUUUGCACACAAGCUUUUGAUUCAACCGUGAAAUCUUUAUCAAGUGUUGUGCUUGGAUGUUUUGUCGCAUGAUUUAUACUGUGAAUCACCUGACAAUAUGCUCUGGUAGAUUGCGAGUAGCUUGUAACCAGUUAGUAACCCAGUACCCCACAACAGUAGUCAUUGGUACGUAUCUAGUCAUAGUAAUAAGCCCUCACACUUUCAAUUUGAGCUUCCUCGUUAGAAAAAUAUUUCUAAUUCUUUUAGUUAUGUAAUUUGCAUCGCCUUUAACCUUGUAUGCCAUGUUAUGAUUGAAUGACUGAUUUUUUUCAGGCAGAUAAAUAAUCUCAAACUGAAACUUUCACAACCCCAUUCUCCAAACAUUUUUCCCAUUUACAGAUGAUAAGGAACAAGGAAUUUGCUUUUAAAUCAUGACAUAAUAAGGACCUUUUUUAUUGUUUUAGCAGUAAUGGGAAAAUUAGUUGUCAGGAAUCUAUUAGCAGUCAAAACAAAGUCAGUACCAAGUAUCUCUAUAAAAAUAUUUACAAAAUAAAUAUUUACUUGUAUGGCAGUUUUAAAUCAUUAUUUUGUCGUCAAUCAGUUACCUAGUUCUUGAAUCAAACCUUUGUCUCAAAGCUCUUUCUUUUUAUUUUUGUCUAAAUUUAGGUUGUCUCUCUUGGUUCUCCAAGUGAUUUGGAGGGAUACAUUGAUAAAUCCAUGCUUACUGAAGAAUUAGGAGGCACCCUACAGUAUAAACAUGCUGAAUGGGUUCAGUUUAGAACAGUAAGUUUUUAUGAUAUAAAUCUGUGAACAAACCACAGUUAACUUUGUGUUCAUCUGUGAAAAAGUGUUGAAUAAUGCUAUUCAUGUAUAUAUUUCAAAAAUACAAUGAUGUAUAAUAUUUUCUAACAAAAUAGCCUUAAUCAUCCUAAUGCCUUCCUUGGUUGAAAUGCUUGAAAUAUUUUUUUUGCAUCAGUGGGCUUCAGUAAAGGAUUUUAGCCAGGAAUUUACUCACUGUAAAAAGGCAUAGUACUUCAAUUCUUAAGCCAAGAAUUCCUAAACCAAAAUGUCAAAUUUCUCUCUAAAAACUUAGGGUCGGUUAUUUAAAGGGUCAGGUUCACAGUUAGGCACAUGCUCAUUAAUUAAAUUACUUUUUCCAAUUUAUUAUUAAUUCUAUUGGUUAACAAUAAUCCCACUCACAUGUAUGUCAGCAAUGUCAGAGUGUAAAUUCACUCAGAGUGUAUUUCAAAGUAGAAGUGCAUUUCAGAGUAACCUGAAGUAGGAUGGAGGAAUACUAAAAUAGCAGAGAAAAUUAGUGGAUUAUGCCAAUGCUACCAACGUUGAAUUUAUUGUUGACNUUUAUUAUUAAUUCUAUUGGUUAACAAUAAUCCCACUCACAUGUAUGUCAGCAAUGUCAGAGUGUAAAUUCACUCAGAGUGUAUUUCAAAGUAGAAGUGCAUUUCAGAGUAACCUGAAGUAGGAUGGAGGAAUACUAAAAUAGCAGAGAAAAUUAGUGGAUUAUGCCAAUGCUACCAACGUUGAAUUUAUUGUUGACGUGAAGGUUUUAUUCCAUAGUUGAUUAAUUUACAGCUAUUUGCAAAUAAUUAUUUAAGCUGAUCAAGUGCGAGUGCAUGACUGCCAGGGGAGUGUGCAGAUUGGUUUUUUGACAAUACUAUGACAUGAUCAUAUUGCUCGCAUCGUAUCAUAAAGCAUGUAUACCAGUAGAAAAACAGUAUUUUGAUAAAUGAGCUUGCGGUGAACCGUAAAUGUGUCCCUCUAAUCAAAGCCUAACUUAGGCCGUGGUUUAAGAAAUUAUUGGACCUCCGGAUUUCUUUCUUUGUGGGUUAUAAUAUGAAAAUAAGUGCUUUUCCAGUCUACGCUAUAUGCUUUAAUGAAUUUGUUCAUGAUAAAUGUUGCUUAGAUGAAAGCAUUGGGCAAAUUGAAAAUGGCUUAGACUGUAGUUUUGUUAAACACGGGCUAAACUCAGUUUAAAUAACAGGCCCUUAGUGUCCAAAUUAGAACCCUGCAGCUUCUCUUCUCUCACCUUUUUCCAGGAGUUCACACCUUCAAUAAUAUUGCUCUUAUAGCCUUAUAAGAAUAAGCCUUGUUCUGAUUUUAUCACCCACUAACUACAUGUAACUAUUUUUAGGCAGUUGAAAGGUUUCAAAGAAACUUACUUUCCUUUGAUGAGAGGAUGAAAAAACUAUGUCAGACUUUCACGGGAACAAAACUUUCGUCAAACAUUUUUGAAAUGGAACAAACUAUAGAAUCACAAGAAGAAAUGUGGCAGGAUGUUAAGGAGGACAUUGUUAGUGCACGCCAAGCGGGUGUUACCUUACUGGACUGUAUUACAGUGCAUCGUAAAUACAGAGAGGACAGUGAUAAGUUUACUCCUGAUGUGAAGGCAAAUGCUGCAGAACUUAAACAAGCGUUGACACAACUUGAGGAUUUGGAAAAUAAUUUUAGCAGGUUCUGGAAAGAACACAAGCUAAAAAUACAGUAUUGGCUGAAAGUGUGUUUAUUUGAGAGGGAAAUGAGCCAGGUAUGAAAUUUUUGUUGUUGUUACAUGCAAAAUAUGGGUACAUGUGUAUUUGGCAGCUGUUACUCAAUUUGAAAAUACAGACUGAACUCGUAAGAGUAAAUGUGCUAACAAUGCUGUGGUGGUCUCUUUUCGUUACCUCAUUUUCCAUUUGAAGAGACAUUGUUCCAGUUGGUGGAUACAAUGUAUGUACCCUGCGAGUAGAGGUUUCUCUCCUGUAUAUGGCUUUUAGCAUUUGUGAAGUUUUCAGGUGGCAUGUCUGUCCCGUAGUUUGGAUUGUUAAGGCAUGCAAACGACUUUGCAAUGCUUAAAAGCCAUGCAAGAGAGAAACUUCCACUUGCAGGGUAUGUUAUGUUUGUGGGGUGAAAAGACAUUGUGUGCCCUGCACGAGUGAAGCUCCUCAUUAAAAUGAUGGUGGUGCUCAGUCUUCUGUAACAUUUAAUUUUCUUGGCUUCUUUCAUUCAUUGGUUUCAAAGUUAUUUUUUCAUUGCAUGACAGUGAAAACACUCCAUUCAUUGCUAGUAAGCUCAUCCCCUCUCACAGGACUAUGUGUCUCAGAGGACUAUGUGUCACUCCAAGCAUGUCUUUCACCUUUCCUUUCACAGUAACUGUAAUAUAAUCACAAGCCCAGGGAGACUUACAUUUAUUAAAUAUGUUGAAUGAUGCUUAUUAUUUUUGUAGACAACAGGGCUUCUCCUGUCAGCAUUGGGUAAUGUGUCAGCCAUGACAGAUUUAGGAGAUUCUAAAGAAGAUGCAGAGUCAUUAGUGAAUGAUGUUAAAAAAGUUGCCGAGAAGACUACUGUAAGUGGACUACUUUUGUAUAUGUCCAACCAGCAAACGUAGAAUUAUCUAACAUAGGAACAAACAAGGGUUAAAUUGUCCUUAACUUUUUCUUAUUGUAGGCAUUACCCUUGUCUGCUCACCCUGGCUUGAAAGUUCCUUGAGUAUUAAAAGGAGUUAUUGAAAAGUCCUGAAAUGCGUUAUAUUGAUCUCUACCUGCUGUUGUGGGGGAGGGGAGGAGCGUUGGGUGAGGGAGGGAUAUACAAACUUAUUAGGAAUUUGGGGGUUGGGAUUAAGGUGUUAACUGUGGUUCUAGUUUGUACACCUCUAGUCAUUGCCUUGCUCAACUGGAAUUCUUGGGUGAAUUUAAUUCCCCUUCAUUAUCUCAGCAGUGGCUCUUCAGUCCUGUGAAUAAACUAUGAAGGGCUAGCCUGAAACAAUACUGUCUCACUGAAGUAUCUCAGCUCUUUUAUCUCAGGGUAAGGGGAUGGGGAAGGAGAGAGAAAGGAGUUCCCUCAUUCACCUGUCACCCUCACUUCUUGGUUGAGAGAGCUUGCUUGCAAACUAAACAAGGGCUGACCUUGUUGUACUGCUAUGCAGAUAUUAAAGAGAAGCAAACUUGAAGGUUCCUGAUGUUAUUCUUUUGCAGGAACUCCUCGACAAAGCAAAAGGCUUGAUUGAAAAAGGACUAAAAAUGAUAGAAACCAAUGAGCAUUCAAAAGACCAGAUCAAACAGAAGUGUGACGAAAUAAAAGAACUGUGUGACAAGUUUGAUAAAGCUGUGGAAAAGAGAGAGGAGGAUCUGAACAAAGCAAUGGACAUACAUGAUUGCCUGGAUAUGGUGAAUUCUUACUUUAGUUUUUACUUUAUAAUGUAAAGAAUAAAAGUAAUUUCAUUUGAAGAAUGUCAAAGCAACUAGCUGAUGAAAAAAAGGCCAAUGGCUUGCAAUUUGUCUGUAAAUUACCCCGGACAAGUUCCUGUUCCAGAAUUAUAAUUAUGUUUUGAAGGUGUGUUUAGGUAGCAUAAUCUACAGAGUUCAUUACAAUAUUUUACCAAUUUAGUUGCUUUGGGUCAAGUGAUUGAUAGGUACUUUUACAAGAUGAAAAAUCCAAAAUUUAUCAACGUGUAAAUAAAUAAUAUCUUAAGGCAGGAAUGACAAUAUUAGUUUAGUAAGAGCUAAAAGAACUUUUCUUUCUUGGUGGUUAUCAUGUAAACAGUAUGAAAUGAUGAAUAUAUGGAGCAAGAGUGGUGAAAUGGUAAGAGCACUUGCCUCCCACCAAUGUGGCCUGGGUUUGAAUCCUGGUGUCGAUGACAUAUGUGGGUUGAGUUUGUUGUUGGUUCUCUCUCUUGCUCCAAGAGGGUUUUCUCUGGGUACUCCUGUUUUUCCCUCUCCUCUAAGAACUGCUAAGUGUUAUUACAAAAAUCAUAAAAGUACAAAAACUACAAUUUCGUAUAUUUGAACUGUGGGAUGCGGAAAUAAAUGCAGUGAAUUUUCUCAAGCUUUCUUUUCAGAACUGCAUCAGUUGCGUAUUUAACAGUACUGUGAUCUUCUCUGCAUAAUUUAUUUCUUCAUCCCAUAGUUCAAAUAUAUGAAAUAAAUAUAUUGAUCAAUUCAUCUUCAUUUUCAUCAUUCCCUGGUAUAUUAUGAACCAAUUUAAUGACGAGCUGCCUGUUGCCUUACUACAACUAGGUGCAAAAAUGUUGAGACAAUCCAACAAAAAUCUGACCUUUUUUACUUCAAAUCUCUGCUAGUCACCUCCCUCCUACCCUCCAUUCAAAGUUGUUCCUGAGCAUGGUCUUGUAUUGCUAGCAACUUUGAUAAGAGGAGGAGGGGGGAUCACGAGCAAAAGUUCAUGGGCAGGCCAUUUAAGCCAACAUAAGGUACAGUGCCUCACAUACUUUUGCAACUGGUUGUAACUCAGUUAGUUAGAGUGUUACCAUGGAUGUCAGGGUUUGAAUCCCAGUAAGCCUGAUUUUUUUCAGGCUUUCUUUUCGCAACUACGAUGAUGAUCUUAAACUGUAUUUUUUACCUUAUGAGAAUGUAAAAAAAAUUAAUGAUGUCAGCAUUCAAAAAAAUGAAACUUCUUCAGCUGGGUGAUUUUACAUAGUUAACAAGAUUGUCAUCUAGCAGUGCUCACUGGCCUCUGGCACCCAGUUACUUUUUCUUUUUGGUGACUAGGGAAUUUUUCAUAUGCUUGUCACCCUUGAUUUCAAAGGUCCAGAACACUAGGCACUCUUGAAUUUUUCUAAGACCACAGCCUUGGUUAACAUUUUGUUUGUUUGUUUUUUUGGUCCGAAACAAAUUGAGUAUUGAUUUGCUCUUGAAAUUUUGGCUUUGACAUCUUGUUGAGAGUGAAAGGUUAAGAAAAUCUGCAACUUUUUAUGUCUAGGUUAACCAAUGGUGCAAGACCGGUGUAGACCUUCUAGCUUUACAACCCAUAGACAGAUUCCAGUCAUCAGAAGGGGCAGAAAAAGCUCUAGAAGAAAUUGAUAACUUCCUAAAGAGUCCACAAGGGAUGAAUAUGAUUAAGGUUAAGAAGAUGACCCCUGCCAGUAAUGCUCUUGGUAACAAAACACUGAUAAACAAGGUGAAAGACAGUAUGAAGAGAAUCAGCGAGGUCAAUGAUAUGAUGAUGAAGCGGGAAACCAGGUAAGUUGAUGGUGUAAAUGGAGAGAUGAUAGUAAAUAUCAUCUUACUGCAGUGAUGCUUCAGGCCAGCAUUCUACACUCUGGUAAAUUGUUAGGGUUUUUACCCAGGGAACUGUCUAGGGAAGCCUUAUCCUUUGAAAGUUUUGUUGAGCGGCAUGCCGAAAAUGCAGGUCAUUUUCCACAAGUUAGAGUACAGGUCACCAUGCUUCAGAUAAUUAAACAGCACCAAAAGUGUCUCCUAGCCCUGAUCUCUUUACAAAAUUGGUCUUUUAGAUCGAGGGGAAACUGUGAAGCUCAUUGAUUUAUCUAUGAAGCCAUGACCUCUACUCUUGACAUGUUGAGUGUGAACUGUACUUUAGACCCUGCAUUUUUCGAGAUCCCAGCUUAAGGGAUAAAUAGAGUUUUAUGCUCAUAAUCCGUGGGAAGGAGCUUUAACACUCUUGUCAUUCUAGAGAAACAGAAACUCUCUUAUUCUUUAAGUGAACUAUAAAGGCUUGUGCAUAGUUCCGACUUUUGAGUCUGUAGAAAAACUCCAGCCAUGUAACCACUGGUUAUAAAAUUAAUUAUACCAUAAUACCUAUAUAUUUCUAGGGAAGGGGAUGGGAAAUUUUGGAUUUUACGUUAUGAUUAUCUACCUGAUAGUUGUAUUUGGUUUUGGUUUUAUUUCAGUUUGAAGAAGCUAGUUGUUAAGCGUCCAGUACAGCCUGUAUCAGGAGUACCAGCCAAUCCGCCGCAACCCGAGGAAUCUAAACGUAAAAGUUCUACCCCGAAGAGUCCCUCAGUAAUUCCUGAUGGGAAGCGAAAGUUUAGUAUGGCACCAAAGAGUCCCACGAUCAAGAGUCCAGUUAUGCAACCCAAAGAGCGAAAGAAAUCAACACCGCCUGAACCUUCAACAGGAAGGCGACCUGUGUCCAUUGUGCUCGACCCACAAUCACUUCAACUGAAAGGAAGCAUACAACAGUCUUUCUCUGAUCCUAUCAUUCAAACGGUGGGUAAUAUGAUUCUGAGUUGGUUUAGUAUUUAUGAAUUUACAACGUCUCAGCAGGGGUAGGUGUUCUUCACUGAGGCUCUAGUAUGGUUUUUGGGUAUUAGGUAAUUUAAUAGCACUCUGUGAUGACCCAAGUGAAAUUAAUAUGGCUUUUUAUCAUGUGUCAUGAUAGUCACUGUGUUGUUGAUCACUAUGUUUUGUCCUCACAUUGCUGGUCUUCAGCACACUAUCAUGUUGAUUUACUGUGCAGAACUGGUAGUAGCGGAGUUCCACGCGCAGGCAAAGUGCACUCAAGUACAGCCCCAUAGCUAAGAAAAUUUGGUUAUCUAUCCAUCUGAGAAAUUUUGGUAGUCACAUUACCGUACAUUCACAUCACAGGGAAACCAAUAUUAAAUCUCACACUUUCUAGCUAGUGUGGGAGCCUACUACCUGAUAUUACACAUGCAUGUUGCGGUCAAUUGACAGCUGUCAAAACAAGGUAUCUGCUGGCCAGUAUCACAUGACCAUAUUGUGGGCUCAAGUGUUGACCCAUUGAGGUUAAGUGUUGUUUUUUUUUAAGUUAUCUGUUGACAAGUUACUUGAAUGUUUAGGAUUGGUCGCAGGCUUAACUCUAAGUGGAUUUCUUUGCGAUGGUUACAAGUUUUUUGCUGAAGUAAAUUUAUUAACAGGAGCUCAGCUUUUAGCCUUGGGUAAAUCUAUAUUAGUACUGCCUGCACACUCUUAAAAAGUCCUUGAAAAUCGAAUGUGGUCCUUGAAAAGCCCUUAAAUUUCUAAGCUAGACCUUUAAAAGUCCUUGAAAUUUCUUCACCUUUGAAUAUGUUGGUCUUGAAAGUGUUUCUUAAGCUAUUUGGUUGUCCAAGAGAGAAUGUGAAUCAUAGCCCAGAGAAUUUAGAGGUGAUUUUAAGAAUUAAAUAUCAAUUUAAGACAAGUUUAAAGGGACUGGUGUAACAAACAGUUCAAACCAAAAGUCCUGGUAGCUUGGACUGGGAAUGUACAUUCAUACCCAAAUCUGUAACUUACAUUCCUGGUAGGGUGGUCUUUGUUAUCCUUGGAAAGUCCUUAAAAAAUUGUUGCAAUUUUUUGUAUGAACUCUGUAUUAGAAACGUGAAACAUCAGGGAGAGUGCUGGGAAUUGAAGUGACAUGAAGUUUUCAAAGCUAAUUUUAAAACUCCUAUUUUGUUCUGCUACAUUUUUCAGAGAGAUGUUGUGGAUGGUACAACAAGUCCAGAAGCUUUUAGGAAGCGAGUCCAGGUCAUGACAGAAUUAAUUGAAACAGAGAAAGACUAUGUAAAGGACAUGGAAUGCAUCAUUAAGGGUUAUCUUAAAGAGUUUGAGCAAGCCGGGAAUAAGAUCCCAGCUGAGUUGCAUGGCAAGAAAAAAAUCAUUUUUGGAAACAUUGAACAGAUUUAUGAAUUUCACAAGAAUGACUUUUUACGUGAGCUGGAAUCAAGCAAAGAGCAGCCUUCUCUUGUUGGGGGUGUUUUCAUUAUGAAAAGCAAUGAAUUUGAAAUGUAUGCAACUUACUGCAAGAAUAAACCAAGCUCUGAGGCACUGAGACUGGCGUACAUCAAUUUGCCGUUUUUUAAGGUGAGAUAAUUGUUGGAUUGCAACAACCCUGACCCAGAGAUAUUUUGGAAUGUUAAUGUAUCACAAGGAACAUAGAAAACAACUAUGCGGGAGAUAACUAAAUUGCAAGCAGCGUCAUUAAUAAUAAGGUGGACUCAUUCAAUGGAUGGAUUUUUUUUUUGUGUAAGGUUGUAAAACGAUAGAAAGUUCCAACAGGCAAAAAAUUACCAUACCUAUUUACUGCAAAUAAAUCCACCUUUAGUUGUGGUUUUGGGAUUUACUUGUUUCUUCUGAAUUCCGAUAAAUUAGAUUGGUCAAAAUGUAUUUAAAGUUCCCAAUUAAGAGAAAAUAUUUCAAGUGGUGUCUAUAGUUUACUUUGCUACCUAAGACUAUUUUCAUCUGCACAAUAACUUCUUCUUACCAGCUUAGCAAUUUAAUCCAGGACUCGAAGCCAAAUCGCAUAAACAAAGCCAGUUUACUCCAAAUUUAUACCGACUUCUGUCCAUGAUAUUUUCAAACAAUCUAAUCGGAUGGAUUGCGCCAUACUAUGAGCUGUGUCAUUUGCAUUAUACAAACUGGCAACUAAACAUUUGCAUCUGGCGAUUAUAUUUCUCCAGUUAGUCGCCAAAAGGCAACCUGAGGAUUUUUUUAGUGUCAAGCCGUGUAAUCUUUUUUGUAUUUUUUGGAUGAGAAACAAUAAGUUUUUAUGUGUUUAAAAUUUCAAGUUGCUGGGCUAAUGACACAAGUAGACGGGGAAUCCAACAGUUGGGAAUUUUGUUUGGUUCCCUUUUUCUUCAAUUUUUCCACAAAAGAAGGCUGGGGUCAGCUUCACAAUAGCUGGGAAAAAUUCCUUGCCCUCAGCCCUUAAUGACAGCCCUGUAUUACCGUAGUCCUUUUUUUAUGCUAUUAUAAUUAUUUCUCCCUUACAAAAUAGCCACAAUGCUUCUUGUUGUUUGUUUCUUUGUUUUGUUUGUGAGCAUCAUCACUUGUUGUUGUGGGUGAAUGUGUUAAAAUGGAUUUCAGAUGUGGGCUUUUCCUGUAGCGUUAGGAUUGGGUUAUUUUUAUUAAUUUGAUAAAUGUAAUGUGAUUUUUUUUACAGGAAUGUCAAGAUAAACUGGGCCACUUACUUCCUUUGAGUGCAUAUCUUCUCAAACCAGUUCAGAGAAUCACAAAAUACCAGCUACUGUUAAGAGAGAUGAUGAAGCUGACACUUAAAAACAGUACUGCUUAUGAUGACCUUGAGGUAACAUUAACUAUAGCAAUGGAUUUUUGUACAAAAAUACGUGGACAAAACCUACGCCAGAUUCAGACUUCAAGGUGUUAACUGCCCGGCUCCACAGGCCUCCAGUUUGAGUAGCUGUAGUCAGGAGCAAUGAUUGUUGAUACUGGUAUACAGUCAACUCUUUCCAAAAUGGAAGCCUUUGGGUGUGGCACUAAUUUAGUGUUCACCUUAACCCUUUAAGCCCUAAGAGUGAUCAGCAUCAAAUUUCUCCUUGUAAUAUCAAUGCUUUGAAAACAUUCUGUAGUCAUGAGAAUUACAUAUGUGAUCACACAAGAUGAAUUUGCUUGAUAUUUUAUCAACUUCCCCCCACUACUUCUGUAGGAAAUGAAUAGGAGCAACAAAUGAGAAUUCAAAUUUUGAUCUUAGGGUUUAAAGGGUUAAAGGGAUGUCCUUCUUGUAGAGAGUCAAUUAAAGGGAGUAAAGAAAGGCGGGGACCAACUCUAGAUGUCUGUUUUACAGAGAUGUACAUCUUAUAGAGGUAUUCGUUAAGAGAGAGUCGACUGUACCUGCUGAUAUAAUAUAAUCAGCAGUCAUUCACGAAAGAAGACUUAGAUAUAUGCUGGUCACUGCUGACAAAGCAAAAAUGAAUACGAGUAGUGACUGAGCCACUUCUGUGGGUGCGAAUUCGUGGCUAUUCUCUCGUUGGGCGACCAAACAAAACCUCCAUGCACUGAUUAACUUUCUCAAGGCAUUGGGAUGUACACAGAUGAGCUAACUAAACAUUGUUUUGGAGGUGAAGAGUGGAAAUGGCCUGGGCUACUCACUUGAAGUGAAUGAUUGAUUGAUUGAUUGAUUUGUAUAGUAUGAUUUGACAUUGUAGUGUGAAAGAUGUCUUUGUCACUGUCUAUUUUUUGUGAGUUCAAAGGGGUGCUUAUUAUGUUUGCACUUUUAGUGAAAGGGCUAAAUGCCGUUGUUUUUAUUUUUCAUUCUUCUAUUAUUUUAAUAAUGCAAAGUAUAUUGUGUUUGUUAAAUAUAACAGAAAGCUCUUGAAACAAUGCAAGGUGUGUUGAGGCAUGUAAAUGAUGUAAUGCAUUCCUGUGGCAUUAAAGGCUUCCGUGGCAACCUUGCAGAGCAAGGAAAGCUGCUUCUUCAGGAUGCAUUUAUGGUUUAUGAGACACACAAAAACUGGAAUUUACUACCACUGAAAGGUGGCAAGCAGCGACAAGUCUUUUUGUAUCAAAAAAUGAUCAUAUUCAGCAAGAAGGAUAAUGAUGACACUCAAAAAGAUUCAGUGACGUAUCAUUACAAGAGAGAUAUCAAGGUUUGGUAGUUCAGAAUUUUAUGCCUAUUUUUUCCUUGUGUGUGACUGUUUUCAAAGAACUAUUUUAUAGGUCCUUUAUUCAAGGUCACUACUCAUUAUUAAGGGGUGGUUUUUUGGUUUUUAACCCUUGAAGCCCUUAGAGUGAUCAGCAUCAAAUUUCUCCUGGUAAUAUCACUGUUUUGUAAAACAGAGUGGUCAUGAGAAUUACGGACAUGAUCACACAAGAUGAAUUUGCUAGAUAUUUUAUCAACUUCUCCCCACUACUUCUGUAGAAAAUGAAUAGAAGCAACAAAUGAGAAUUCAAAUUUUGAUCUUAGGGUUUAAAGGGUUAAUGAAAGGGGCUGUGGAUCACCUCUGUCUAGUUCAUUUUGUUAAUAAUGCCAGUUACGAAUCCUUAUUUGCUGUGGAACUUGAGAAGAAAAUUACUUGUGAAUGACAAAAUCUUAGCUUUGUUUCAAACAAAUAUGUCUCCCAAGCAUUAAAUCAAACAUGACGAACAAAAAAGUUGUUGGGUCUCAUAUUUUUAGCAGCAGUUUAAGGCUUGUUCGAACAUUAUUUUUAAUCAUGCUGCUGAAGGACCACAUGAACAGGUUAACAAAUUUUUAGGCCAACAAGAUUUCAAGAAACCACCCAUUUCAGUCUCCUUUGAAUUUAUAUAUUGUUCAUAUGUAUCUUGUUUUGUAUUUGCUGUGUUAUUUAUACCUUCUUUGAAUGUUUUUAACCGUUUCACUGCCAGAGUGCUUGAUAUAGUUUUGUAAGGUGACUCUAACUUUUGAGUCUGUGGACGAAAUCCUAUGAUGUGACCAUUCAGAUGAAAGCUCUCUGCCUGUACUUUCAUAUGAUGCCAUUUGUUUCUCAAAAUUUUAGAAAAAGAAAUUUGGAACUUUGGUCGAAAUUUGCCUUUGGCCACCUUUGGCAGUGAAAUGGUUAAGCAGUUAUUUUUAUGUUAUCCCUUCAGUUUGGUGUCAGUUCCCACCAUUUGAAUUUUGAGAAAUAUUUUUUUUUCAAUGCAGCCCACUCUCCUAAAGUUCCCUUCACUGUCAAUAUUAUUAUGUUUACAUCAAAAUUAUUGAUCAAUAUUUAGAUUCUGUUUGAUAUGAAGUUGCAGAAAACUAUUCCAUGGGUCGUUAAUUUGAAGGAUAUGCUAAUCCAGGAUCAAAACAAGACCUAAGUCCUGUAAGCCUUGUGAGUUUGAGUACAGUCUCCACGUUGUUCUCAGUGCAAAUUUUGCUUCUUAACGUGUGAUUCCACAAAAUAUCCGUAGCCUAUUUUUUAAGGCAAAGAGACAAUUUAAGGAUGUGCCAAUAAUAACCUGCCCAUUCAUAUUAUAACAAACAAUAAUGAGGGCAAUAAUAUUUCAGAAAUGUAGACUCCAAACAAAAUUGACCACAAUAUUCUUGACUGUGUUUUAUUACAUUACAUUGCUUUUUAAUUUCCUAGACUUGUGAUAUGGGAUUUACAGAGGCUGUAAAGGAUGACCCAGACAGGUUUGAGCUUUGGCUUCAUGGACGGUCAGAAGUGUUUGUCAUGCAAGUGAGUUAUUAG